GGAUGCGUGAGAUAGUCUAGGGUUAAAACAAAUAGUGUGUGCUAACGGUAAUCCAAUCAGAGAGGCAGUGUCAAGUACUGGGCCUGGAUCCCCGUCUCUGCUACUCGGACCGGUGUCUUUAGCGACCAUAAAACUUACCUGCUAGAGGAAAUAAAGGGGCAAAGUAAUAGACGGAUACUCCUGCUCCAUUGGUCGGGUGUUGCUAACGGGAACACCUGAUUGGGGACACGACGCUGUCACAGCGUCUGUUCAGCUAGCGUCACCUGUGGUACUGUCAUGCAACAGCUAGCUAACUAGCUAACGUUAGCAGAUGAAGCUAGUUGGCUAAUUUUAAGAGCCACUGCUGAUGAUUUUGAAAUAUUUUAGUUUGACGCCAUGUUGUUGAUUGUUCAGCAUAUAAUCUUUUAAAAUUCACAUAUUUGACUUCAGGACAGUGGCCAUAAUGUUAGUCAUCGUGCUUAACGGUCUAAGUAACGUUUCUGUUAAGCCUCAUCAUUCAAAACAAAUCAUUUAGUGUUAGCUUGCUAGCUAGCGUCCAUGUAAUCCAGCUACGAGGGUAGCCGACGGCGUCGUAGUGCCUAUUUUUUGGUAAUUUACAGUGUUGCUCAAUAGUUUUUCGAAUCGGAGACGCAUAACCUAAGUCUGAGGCCGAGCUUUAAACGUUGAACCCAAUACUUAAAUUAGGUUACAUUUACUAUUGUUAACUGCCCCACCUGAUCACUGACAGUUCACUUACAGGACAGGUAUUCCGGUAGAUGAUACCUCCGACCACCGUCAUUUCCAGCAGGGUUAAGAUUGUUAAAUUAUUAGUUGUUAAAAAAGAAUAACAAAAAACAAACACUAAAAUCAGCCCACUUCAUAGUUAAUCCAUAAGUGAACAUGGCUCCUAAGAAGAGACCAGUGCCCUUAAACAUUGCUCCAGCUGGGAAUGGUUCAUCCACCUUCCCCAAUACUGAUACUACGUCUGAGGCCAAUUUAGAAGCACUUAAACUCAUUUUGGAAGAGUUGGACAUGGAUGAACAACAGAAGAAAAGGUUAGAAGCUUUCCUUACCCAAAAGGCACAGGUGGGUGAGUUGAGAGAUGACGACUUUGAUCGUGUCUGUGAGCUGGGUGCAGGCAACGGAGGAGUUGUCAAUAAGGAAUGCCAUAAGUCUUCUGGAAUAAUCAUGGCCAGAAAGCUUAUUCAUCUUGAAAUUAAACCUGCAUUCAGAAACCAAAUCAUCAGAGAGCUUCAGGUGCUGCAUGAGUGCAACUCUCCCUACAUUGUGGGAUUCUAUGGGGCAUUUUACAGCGAUGGAGAGAUCAGCAUCUGCAUGGAGCACAUGGAUGGUGGAUCUCUGGACCAGGUGCUGAAAAAAGCAAAAAGGAUCCCUGAAGAGAUUCUGGGCAAAGUUAGCAUCGCUGUUUUGAGAGGACUUGUGUACCUAAGAGAAAAACAUCAAAUCAUGCAUAGAGAUGUUAAGCCUUCAAAUAUACUAGUGAAUUCACGGGGGGAGAUCAAGUUGUGUGACUUCGGUGUAAGCGGGCAGCUCAUAGACUCUCUGGCCAAUUCCUUCGUUGGCACAAGAUCCUACAUGUCGCCUGAGAGAUUGCAGGGAACCCACUAUUCUGUGCAAUCAGAUGUGUGGAGUAUGGGGCUCUCCCUUGUGGAGAUGUCAAUCGGACGCUACCCCAUCCCUCCUCCAGAUGCCAAAGAACUGGAGGCAAUAUUUGGACGUUCCAUCUUGAGUGGUAGGGAAGGAGAGACUCAGAGCACUUCACCCAGACCGCGACCAUCGGGGAGACCUGUCAGCGCUCACGGACCUGCCAUGGCCAUCUUUGAACUACUGGACUACAUAGUAAAUGAGCCUCCUCCCAAACUACCACAUGGUGUUUUCACCUCUGAUUUCCAGGACUUUGUGACGAAGUGUCUCAUCAAAAAUCCAGCUGACAGGGCCGACUUGAAAAUGUUGACGAACCAUAUGUUUAUCAAGCGGUCUGAGGUGGAGGAGGUGGACUUUGCUGGUUGGCUUUGUAAAACCAUGGGACUAAACCAACCCAAAAGUCCAGCGCGCACUGCAGACUAAUCACACACACGCACACACACACUCAUUCAUGCACACAGUAUGUAGAUGUAAGAACAUGGAGAAGCCGCUGCCGGGCACCUCACAACCACAUACACAUCCUGUUUGCUAUGUUCUCAAGUUCUCAAGGAGUCUCCAUCUGUCGUAAUAACUCCACUGAGUACUCCAGGAAAGACACUGUAUGUACAGCACGAGUGUGUACCGCCCAGGUAUUACAAUCACGUUUAUGCAUCCGUACACACAGAUGCAUGCAUGAAUAUUUUUAAUAUAUUUUAUGCAGACAUAUUUAGAAAUGUGAGAAUGCGUUUAUUUUAUGAUCAAAUUUUGGGUUAUGCACCCAGGUGUGUCUUGUGUUUUAGAGAGAUGAUUGAGUCUCGGAUGUUUUAUCCAAUUGGAGAUGUGACUGAUUUCUUAAAAUGUGGAGAUAACUAGGAGUGAAGCACACUGUUUAAUAUAUUUUAACAUGACCCUUGCUCAAAGCCAAAAAAUGUAAAAAGUUGCAACCGUAAAUGGAGCCUCUGCAUCCUUUGUAGGUUGGGGUUGUUAACAUGUGUUACCAUUAGCUUCACAUUAGCUGCAGUGGGGUAGAGGCUGCCUUUUAAAAAAGAUUACAGAGAUUCAUCCCUGGACAGUACCUGCUGUAACAGGACUGCUUUCAUCAUGUGAGAAAGCGGCAUUGGGACUCUGAUCAGUUUCAGUGGGAGCAAAUUAUUGUUGCAUUGUAUUUGCGAAGAUGUAAACAACAGGACAUGGAUUUGCCAUUGAACUGCAUCCUGUGUCGCAGCAGAAUCUGGGCGUUUUUCCCUUUUUGUUUUUUUUCUAUUUGUCUACUUCCUCCUCUAAGUAACAAUAUAGAUGUUUGAAUGGUAUUGUCAUUGACUUGUCAAUAAAUGGCCAUGUAUUGUAAAAUUA